GGCCCUCAAACUGCGCAAAGAUUUUCUACCCGUUGCCUAAUGGUAGAGUCAGUCCUGCACAGGAGUCUUCUCGACCUGACCCCCUUUUGUCUCUCGACCUUCCCCCUUUCCUACCUUUUCGAGGCCCUACCUAACCCUUUUGCUUGUUACUUUGGAAAGCGCGGUUUCAGUGAACAAAGGUCAAUAACGUCGCCAGCCCGGCCGAGAUGGGCGUGACGUCGACACUCGAGUCCCUUCGCCCUCCUUCGCGGGCCUUGCACGUCCGGCAACCGGGGUCAAGCCGGGUAAGGCGGCGUCCUCGGCUGAACUGGGUUCGGGCGACAGCGGUUCUGACGUGCCGAGGGGAGGCGCCUCCCGCGGACCGGAGCUGCUGCCGCUGCUGCUCCUAGAGACGCCAGCGCGGGACGCUCUUUCCAGCCGAGAGGAGCAGCUGCCGGGGGAAGAAGCCGGGCGAGAACCAGUUCGAAGCGGAAGGCCUGGGGGACGUUCCUUGAUCUGGCCUCGGCUGCGCGCCUCCGUCCCUCGCUCCCAGUGACGACGAGAUUUUGAGGAAAUGGACCUGCCCCUGGAGGAGCCUCCAGCCCAGCCUCAACCAGAGAUUCUGCAGCCACCUCCAUCUGCCCAUGUAUGUGAGCUGCGCACUGCUGUGUCUUGCUUUGCUGAGGAGACUGUCUCACUGCUCUCAGCCAACGGCCUGCUAAGUCACUCCCUCCUCAGGACCACCGGCAGCCCUGGGACACAACCAAGGGAGCAGGGAGGGCCCUCGACCGCGGCCCGACGCAAGCGGGAAUUCACCCCAGAUGAAAAGAAGGAUGAUGGCUACUGGGACAAGCGGAAGAAGAACAACGAGGCAGCCAAGCGGUCUCGGGAGAAGCGGCGGGUCAGUGACCUGGCACUGGAGGGGCGGGUGCUGGCACUGCUGGAGGAGAAUGCCCGCCUCAAGGCAGAGCUCCUGGCCCUCAAAUUCCGCUUUGGCUUGAUUCGGGAGCCAGUGGAGCCUUCCGGGCCAGUGGUGGCUCUUGCCGCUGAACUCCACCGGGCAACCCCCCCACCUUCCCAGCACUAUCCAGUGGCUCCCGACCCCCCCCGCUAUGCUUGCCCCUUCCGCCCAGAGCCAGCCACCGGCUCUGAGGAUUCUGGGUUCUCCACUCCAGGCAGCUCCAGCAUGGGGAGCCCUGUCUUUUUUGAGGAGCGCGACAGGGUGGAGGAAGGCAUUAUUUACGACGGGCACGGCCUAGUGCCUGAUGCCCCGGGCGAGGGAACUGACUUGAGCCGAGGUGGCCGUUACGAGUCUGGGGAGAACAUCAGAGGUCUCCCCCACAAGCUGCGUUUCAAAAUGGCUGGGGGAUCCGAAGAGAUGGCUGGGGAGCAGCCUCGACAUUACCCACAAUCUCCACCAGCAGGCACCUGGCGGGGGCCAGUGGCACGGGAGGAGCAGGGGAAUGCGGGCACAAUGGCCUAUGAUAAUUGCUGUGAAACAGAGGCCCCCAGUGCCCAGCUGGCAACUCUCCAGGGGCCUGAGUACCAGAUGGAAAACAGCACCCUGCGGAGCCAGCUGGCCUCACUUUCAGCUGAAGUCGCCCAGCUGAAAAAGCUCUUCUCUGAACAGAUCCUGAUCAAGAUGAACUGAACCAGUAGCAGCGUCAAGGCUGAAGGGCUGGCUUCGUAGGGGUUACUUUUCCUCUCCCUACAACUAUCACAAUUUAGUUUGCCUAUAUUUGUACAAAAUUUGGCCCUGCACGUGGUCAGUUUUCACCUGUUUACAUUCAUUAAAAUGAUAACGGCAUCCCUCCACAUUGAAUAUGUGCCCCUCAUCGCCAUUUCCCCACUUUAGCAACUUUCAUGCUUUUCUUUUGUGCAGGGAACUUCGUUUCUAUCUACGUGAGCCUCUGUGUCUCACAUUCCUUGUGCAUUUAAGAAGAUUCUGGGAGGCCUUUUUAGGUCAUGAACACUCAGGUCAGUUUACAUGGAGCAAAUAUCCACACUGCGUUGAAGAAAACUGGUGAUAGGAGUGGGCAAUCUGUCCUUCAGGGAAUCUCAUCCACCAUUGCUUAUCUUCUCAUUUGAGGAACCCCAAGAACAGGAGGCCACUGUCCUGCUCAAGCAUCAGUGUGACUGGCCCAAUCAGCUAAUUUGUUUUCUCCUCAAUGAGUCUAACUAAUCCAGGCUCCUUGGUACCAGUCACUGGAGAACUGUUGGUUGCUCCCUCAGCCAAAACAAACAAAGAGUCCCAGACUGCCCGUUAUAGCCUCCCUCUCCCUACUUCAUUCCUGUUUGUUGUUGCUAGGUUGGAAAAUUGAAGUAGACUAGAAUGAGCGCACAGGUCCCUGUGAGUGUUAAAACCCCUCUCUGCAAUAGCCAGGCCAAGAAGCUGAUCUGGUGGGCAAAUAAGGGGAAAUGAACUGGUGGACUGGGAUGGAGGAGGGGCUCCAAACUGGGUGAGUGGCAGUCCUGCAUUCCUCAUACCUUUGCUGCCUCUUUCAUUGCCAUAUCAGCUUGCCCAGCGCUGCCUGGAAGCCAAACCGUCCGGCCAUUCUUGUUGUGGAUGCUUUGUGGUAGAGGAAAGGCAGUUUGCACAUGCUUAAAAGAACUCUUUUUCAUUAGUAUUUGAUUAUGGUUCGGUGUGGAAUCAUGCCACUGAAAAUAUUCAGGCUAUCAACUGAAGAAUUUUUGUUGAUUUUAAUCAUAUACCUUUCAAACUAAUAAUUUUGUUGAUUUAAAUAAAUUUGUGUAUUACCAUAACUUAAUAUGUGUUCCUUUUUGAGAAAAAUGACAAUGUCUAAUAGUAAGCAAAAGUUACUAAGUGCUUGUAGAAGGAAAGGCCGUCUGCUUUUUCAUUCCCUGCCACAGUAAACAGCAAAAUCAAAGCAGCCUUAUGAAAUAAUCAGAACUCACAACCUUGCUCAUUCAUAUUGAACCCUGUCAAUAAAUCUGCUAAAUCUU